AAACCCUAAUUAUUCUUCAGCCGCUGCACCCUGCCCCAAACCCUAUUUAUUCUUCAGCCACCCCUUGCUAAUAUUUCUUUUUCAGCCACUGCUCCUUGCACUGCCGCUCCCCACCGCUCGUCGCUAUCCGCUUUCUCCCGCCGAAUCGACGCCGCUCUCUUUCACAUUCGCUUCUCCCACGCCGCCGUUGAUAUAGCGCUGCCGCCGCGCGUUUUUCAGAUCAGUAAAGUAUUUAUAAUUAAAGAUGACGAAGAAGACAGAAAGGAAGGUAAGUGUGUCUGGGAAACCAAAACAUUCCCUGGACGCCAACAGAAGUGAUGGGAAUAAGAAUGCGCGUAGCGCUGCCACUGUGCGACGUCUCAAGAUGUAUAAUACAAGGCCAAAGCGUGAUCGGAAAGGGAAGGUGUUGAAGCAUGAGCUUCAAUCAAAGGAGUUACCGGACACACGGAUUCAACCUGAUCGCCGCUGGUUUGGUAAUACUCGAGUUGUAAACCAGAAAGAGCUUGAAUUUUUUCGUGAAGAACUCCAAAAACGGAUGUCAAGUAGCUACAAUGUGAUUUUGAAGGAAAAGAAACUGCCCCUUUCCCUCUUGAAUGAUCAUCAGAAGCAAUCCAGAGUCCAUCUUCUCGAUACAGAACCAUUUCAAGAUGCCUUUGGGCCAAAGGGGAAGAGAAAGCGACCAAAGCUUUUGGCUGCUGACUAUGAGUCACUACUUAAGAAAGCUGACAAGUCUCAUGAUGACUUUGAUGAAAAGUAUGCUGAGAAUGCCACAAAUGAGGGUAGCGAAGAAGAUGGUUUUAGAGACCUUGUUCGACAUACUAUGUUUGAGAAGGGUCAAAGUAAACGUAUAUGGGGCGAGCUCUACAAAGUAAUCGACUCAUCAGAUGUUGUUGUCCAGGUUCUAGAUGCAAGAGAUCCCCAAGGAACAAGAUGUUACCAUUUAGAGAGACAUUUGAAAGAGCACUGCAAACAUAAACACGUGGUUCUUUUGUUAAAUAAGUGCGAUUUGAUUCCUGCUUGGGCAACAAAGGGAUGGCUUAGAGUUCUAUCAAAAGAAUAUCCCACUUUAGCAUUUCAUGCAAGCAUCAACAAAUCCUUUGGAAAGGGUUCUCUCCUGUCGGUACUGAGACAAUUUGCGCGCUUAAAAAGUGACAAGCAAGCUAUCUCCGUGGGAUUUGUUGGAUAUCCCAAUGUUGGAAAGUCAUCUGUAAUUAACACUCUACGGACUAAGAAUGUUUGCAAAGUCGCACCUAUUCCAGGGGAAACUAAAGUGUGGCAAUAUAUUACCCUCACAAAGAGGAUUUUUCUGAUUGAUUGCCCAGGAGUCGUUUAUCAAAACAGUGACACUGAAACAGAUGUUGUGCUGAAGGGCGUGGUACGAGUUACUAAUUUGGAGGAUCCAUCUGAACAUAUUGGAGAAGUGUUGAAGCGGGUGAAGAAGGAACACCUUGAAAGAGCAUACAAGAUCAAAAAUUGGGUGGACGACAAUGACUUUUUAGUUCAGCUAUGCAAAUUGUCAGGCAAGCUCCUAAGGGGUGGCGAGCCUGACUUGACAACUGUAGCCAAGAUGGUCCUCCACGACUGGCAGAGGGGUAAACUUCCGUUCUUUGUGCCACCACCUCGAGUAGAAGAUAAGUCUGAAGAAGAACCCAACUAUAGUGUUGAUGAUGACUCGGGUGUUGAUAGCAAUCAAGCUGCAGCCGCUUUCAAAGCCAUUGCAAAUGUGAUAUCAUCUCAGCAGCAAAGAAGUGUGCCUGUUCAAAGGGAUCUGUUCAGUGAUAAUGAAUUGAAUGGCGAGUCAUGCGACGACCAGAUUCUCGUCUCUGAGGAUGAGUUACAGGCUCCUUCAGACACUGAGGGAAGGACAUCUGAAGGCCAGGAUGAUGUGGUAGAAGACGUGCGUCCAACUGCAGGCUGAGAUCAUGUGGUGAUAUUCUGUCUACUUUAUGUAUAUUCACUGUUGUGUUAUCUUUUUGCCAAUACUUCUCUCUUACAUCCCUAUUCUACUUUUGUUUUUUAACAGAUUUUCGUUUAGGUCAUUAAUACCAUUUCUAUAUUUUGCAACA